GAGAGCGCACCCCUAUUACAUUUAACGUAGGGUCUGUUCACGUGUGGUUGUGUGUCGCUAAUUUUAUUAGUAUCACACACCACUCGAUAUAAUCUUUGUCAAAAAAAUCUAAAAAAAAAAACAAAAAAAUUAUAAAAUAACAAAAUCCCCAUAAAAAUUGCAAACGGUUCUAGAAACAGAAGUGAAAUAGAAGAAAGUUUUUGUGUGUGUGACGUUGGUGUGACUUGGCUGCAAGAUGAAUCCCAGUGGCCCUAGCUAUCCUCUUGCUUCGCUCUAUGUUGGAGAUCUGCAUGCUGAUUGUACAGAGGCCAUGCUGUUUGAGAAAUUCUCAUCAGCUGGCCCAGUGCUGUCCAUCCGAGUGUGCAGAGACAUGAUUACCAGGCGUUCUCUGGGCUAUGCAUAUGUGAACUUCCAACAGCCGGCAGAUGCCGAGCGAGCCCUUGACACAAUGAACUUUGACGUGAUGAAGGGCCGGCCCAUCCGCAUAAUGUGGUCUCAGCGUGAUCCCUCUCUUCGAAAGUCUGGUGUAGGCAAUGUCUUCAUCAAGAACUUGGAUAAAUCCAUCGACAAUAAGGCCAUGUACGACACUUUUUCAGCCUUUGGAAACAUCUUGAGUUGUAAGGUUGCCACUGAUGAGUCUGGUAACUCCAAGGGCUAUGGCUUUGUACACUUUGAGACUGAGGAAGCUGCCAGAAAUGCCAUACAGAAGGUGAAUGGCAUGUUGCUCAAUGGGAAGAAGGUCUAUGUCGGAAAGUUUAUCCCCAGAGCAGAACGAGAAAAGGAGUUGGGAGAGAAGGCCAAAAGAUUCACCAACGUCUAUGUCAAGAACUUUGGCGAUGACUUGGAUGAUGAGAAGCUGUAUGAAAUUUUUUCCAAGUUUGGUAAGAUCACAAGCCAUCGUGUCAUGUGCACAGAGGAUGGAAAAUCCAAAGGGUUUGGCUUUGUUGCCUUUGAUGAGCCAGAGUCUGCUGAGAAGGCUUGUGAUGAACUCAAUGGCAAGGAAAUGAAUGGCAAACAGAUCUAUGUUGGACGGGCUCAGAAGAGAGGCGAGCGCCAGGCUGAACUCAAGAAGAAGUUCGAAAUGAUGAAGAUUGAAAGAAUGAACAGAUACCAAGGAGUCAAUCUCUACAUCAAGAACCUGGAUGACACAAUUGAUGAUGAGAGGCUACGUAAAGAAUUCUCCAACUAUGGCACUAUCACCAGUGCCAAGGUCAUGACAGAAGAUGGCAGGUCCAAAGGCUUUGGAUUUGUCUGUUUCUCCACCCCAGAGGAAGCCACACGAGCAGUUACUGAAAUGAACGGUCGCAUUUUGGUCAGUAAGCCAUUGUAUGUGGCCUUGGCCCAGCGCCGUGAAGACAGGAAGGCCCACCUUGCCUCACAGUACAUGCAGCGUGUUGCUGGCAUGCGCAUGCAGCAAAUGGGACAGAUGUUCCAGCCAGGUGGCACCAGCUACUUCAUGCCCACAAUGCCACAGACCCAGCGUUUCUACACACCACAGAUGGCUCAGAUCAGGGCCACUCCACGCUGGCCUGCACAGCCAGCUGCCCAGGUGCGUGCUGGAGCCCAAGCCACCACUGCAUUCCCCAUGCAGGCAGCUCCAUUCAGGUCAGCACCUCGUCAAGCUCAACCUGGACCCCGCAAUGUCCGUCCCAUGGCUACCGCUGCUGCAGCUGCUGCUGCCCAACAGCAGCAAAUCCCAAAUUUGCUGCAGGCUGCCCGCCCUGUGGCACCCAAUGCAGGAGGAGUGCCACCACCCACUGCACUAUCCAACGCUGCCCGGGCUUCUAACUACAAGUACACUAACAACAUGCGCAAUCCACCAGCAGUGUCUGGUGGCGGACCAGCAGCAGCUGCCUCAGUGGCUCCAGUGGCUCAACCAGCAGUGCACAUCCAGGGCCAGGAGCCACUCACUCCAUCCAUGUUGGCCUCAGCCAUGCCUCAGGAACAAAAGCAGAUGCUUGGAGAGCGUCUCUUCCCGCUCAUCAGGGAAAUCUAUCCUGAGCUUGCAGGAAAGAUCACUGGCAUGCUGCUGGAGAUUGAUAAUUCUGACCUCCUUCACAUGCUGGAGGAUCGUAAUUCUCUCAAGGCCAAGGUUGAGGAGGCUGUGGCUGUGCUCCAGGCCCACCAGGCUAAACAACAGGCAGUGGCUGUGGCUGUGGCUGCCCAGAAGAAGGAUGACAUGUAAGAGUAAUAAGCUGCAGCCAUCUCCACACAUUCUCUAUGCUGUAUUCUUUUUUAGUUUCCUUUUGUGCCCUGUUAUUGGAGUAUCAGUUUUGUUUUAUGGGUUUCAUAUCAAUGGUCAAGAUGUUUAAAAGGCCAUCAUUUUUUUGAUGAUAUGUUGACUCCAAUAGACGAGGCAUAAUUUAGGUUCGACCACAACCACGUGAACAGUCUGUCAAGUAGGUGUCAAUAUACAAAAAAAUCUUAAAAAAAAUCGUAAAAUAUAAAAAACCCGUAAGAUGAGUAACAUUGAAAAUGCUUAUAAUGUAACCUUUAUGUUCAUUAUAAUGCAGUUAUGGCAAGUCUGAACGUAGUCAACAAAGGACAAUGUUAGCAAAGGAUUCCCAAGAUUAUUAGCAAGGAUUCCCAUUUAUAGUUAUGACGGUUCCGACCUGCCACUUUUAAACAUAGUAAAACUACAAAUGCUAUAAAUAUAAAAUGAAAAACCUUUUAUAAAAACUGAAAAUGCCCAACCAACGGGCGAAAAAUCCCAUAACAGUUCGAUCAGUAAAAUGCAAAAAAAUUUUGUGCGAAUAUGUGAAGAGGAUAUUGGCAACAAUAAACUUCUGUUUCUAUAACCUAAAA